AACCUCAACAUUACCUUUCAACGAAAAUAACUAUAUUCAUUUAUACUCUAAGCGUCGAAUGUUUUCUGUGGACGAAAUGGUGGCUUCUGUGAUUGUUUCUAAAAGUUUCAAUUUUCUUUACUUUAUAUUAUAAUUUACUGAUAAAGUACUCGAAUAAAAUGUAUUCUCAAUGAUUUAUAAAUUUAAUAGAAUGUUAAUAUCAUUGGAUAUAUCGUGAAAUAUAAUUGUUCCUUUUAUUCCCGCGUUUUCCGACUUCAUUCAUUUUUGUACUAUCGAAGUUUAUUACUAACUCUGAAAAAAUUAAAUUGUACGAUCAAUUUAUCACAAAAACUAAUGUAAUCUUUUAGUACAUCGAAGAAAAGAAUCAUUUGACUUUUAUUAUUAUUUAUUAGUAACAAAAUCUGAUUUAAAGAAAUAAUAUAAAAUACGUUGCAUGUAUAGCUAUUCAUUUCAUAGAUGCACUAUUUUCUUUGCUUGUGGUGAACAUUUCCAAAGAAAAAAAAACGUGUAAUUUUAAGAUACAAAUACCGAAAUUAUAAUCGACAAUAUUUUUUGUGUGAUAAUUUAUUGUUAAUAUUUACAUAUGAAAUCUACAAAUUCUUUUUUAGAAAUUAGUAAAAAAAAUUUUAAGUUAAAUUGUAUUAAGAAAAAUGGUACCACCUAAAUUACCAAUUGGACAAGCUAGAUCAAAUGGAGCUACUAUACAGUUAAGAAAAGGAAUUUCUACACGAAGUCAGAAUAUACUUAUCAAUAAUGCAUUGCUCAAACAACCAAUUUUAAACAAAGAUCUUCGUUCUAAAAGAAAAGCAGAUGCAUCACCAUUGAAGGAUAAAACUGUUAAAAGAUCUGCUUUGGGAAAUAUUACAAAUGCUAUUGGAAAACCAUUUGGAACUCAACAACAAGAACCAAAGAAAGUAGUUAAGAAGAUUGCUACAAAAACCAAAACACUUCUUCAAAUUAAUUCAAAUAAAGUAGCAGAGAAAAUAGUUCCAAAAACAGAUGUAGUAAUAAAGCCAAAGCCAAUACAACGUAUUAAAGCAAUUAAGCAAGAAGAUGACAAGUUGAAAACUAAUAAUACUGAAACUGUUAGGCGUAGCAUAGACUCAGAAAAAUCUGGAGAUAAUUCGUUGUAUAUGAGUGCAUUGGAAGAUGUAUCGGAUAAUAGUAUAAAAAAAACUGAGAGAGAAAAUAACAAGGCUGAAAAAAAUGGAAAAAAUGAAAAAAGUGAGAAAAAUGAAAAAAAUGAGAAAAAUGAAAAAAAAGAAACGAAAGAAAUAAAAAUUGACGAUACUACAACAGGUAGAAAAGAAGAAAAAAUAUGUGUUACUAAUAAUUUAGAUGCUGUACCUGAAAGAAUAAUGCCUGAAGGUGUUCAAUGGGAUUUUGAUGCAGAAAAUUGGUUAGAUCCUUUCCAAGUAUCACAGUAUGCUACGGACAUUUUUAAUUAUUUAAAGGAAAGAGAAUGUUUAUUCCCUAUUGGAGAUUAUAUGGACAAACAAGUGUGUCUUUCGCGUUGGAUGCGAUCUCUGUUAGUAGAUUGGAUGGUUGAAGUACAAGAAUCUUUUGAACUUAACCAUGAAACUUUAUAUUUGGCUGUGAAAUUAGUUGAUCUCUAUUUAACAAAAGUCACAGUUGGUACAGAAACUCUGCAACUAUUAGGUGCUUCGAGUCUUUUUAUAGCAAGUAAAUAUGAUGAAAGGAUACCUCCAAUGGUUGAAGAUUUCUUGUAUAUAUGUGAUGGUGCUUAUACACAGAGAGAUCUUAUCAAAAUGGAAAUAAGUGUUUUGAAAGUAAUAGAUUUUGAUUUGGGUAUACCUCUUUCGUACAGAUUUCUUAGGCGAUAUGCUAGGUGUGCAAAAGUAUCAAUGCCAACGUUAACUCUGGCUCGAUAUAUCUUAGAAUAUUCAUUAAUGGAUUAUUCAACUAUUAGAUAUAGUGAUAGUAAAAUGGCAGCAUCUGCUCUUCUCCUUGCACUUCAAAUGAAAGAUUUAGGUGGAUGGACUCCAACUUUAGAAUAUUACAGUGGUUAUAAAGUUGAUGAUAUAAGAGAUAUUGUUCGCGUUUUAAAUGAAGGACUACAUAGAAAACAUAAAGAAGCAUUAGUAACAAUUUACAAUAAAUACAGUCACAAGAUAUUCUUCGAAGUAGCAAAACUGCCGUUAAAAGAUACUUUAGAUAUUUAAAUACUUUAAAUAACCGUUUAAAUGUAGAUAGAUGCUUGUGUAAUUAUUUUAAUGCAUAGAUUUUACUAUCAUUAUUGGUUAAUCUAUGUAUAAACUAAGAUUCGAUAAAAACAAACAAGCAUCAAUAUGCAGAUCGUGAUACACGGAUAAGCACAGUUUGUUUAAUGAAUAAGAAAAAUGAAAAUAUUUUCGAGUAAUUGUAAUUACUGUCGUAAAAUAUUUAGAUGAAGUAUAUUGAAUGACAUUGAAGCUCAAUUAGAGCUUUGCAUAACCACCUUCAAAAAGUGUAUACAAUACUUAGUUAUUCAUCUUCUUUUUUUUUUUUUUUAUUAUUAUUAUUAUUUAUACAUAUCAAUAUUUUCUCUAUUGCUCUAUACUACGAUCUAUUUUACGAUUUUUGUUAACAAAAUAUAUUUUAGCGUCACACUUUUACACUUCGAAGCAAUGAUUUGAAAGUAUUUAAAAUAUGAGAAGAUUGAGAUGUAAUGCAUUUUAUUAUAUUUCUUUUUUUUUUUUUCUUUGCAUGAUA